GUCUCCGGCUCGGAUGUGCGCAAAGCUGGAGCUCUUGAUUGUUGGGGCCCCGACACAUUAAUGGGACCCCGAGAUCCGGGCAGGAGUUUUCCAUUUUUUCGCCACAAUCGUCGCUCCACGACCAUGCUAUAAUGCUGAUGAUACCUCUGCUGGUGUUGCUGAGCCUGUUGGAUCCCGUUAGUCCCAAGGCCCACUGCGCCCCGGGCCAGGCUUGCGACCCCCGGCAGCGGAGGGACGCCGGGGGCCGCGGAGGAGUGUAUGAACACCUCGGAGGAGCGCCGAGACGCAGGAAACUCUACUGCGCUACUAAAUAUCAUUUGCAGAUCCAUCCUAAUGGGAAAAUAAGUGGAUCUUUGGAGGAAAACAACCCGUUUAACAUAAUGGAGAUGACAGCAGUGGAUGUGGGUGUAGUGGCCAUUAAAGGGCUUUUCUCCGGCACAUAUCUGGCCAUGAAUGAUAAAGGCCGGCUGUAUGCCUCGGAAGUGUUCAACAAAGAGUGUGAGUUUGUGGAGCGGAUCCACGAGUUGGGGUACAACACUUACGCAUCCCGGCACCACUCCACCGAGCAGCCGCUGCAGGCCGGGGGCAGCAGCAACAGGCGGCGGGCCAGCGCCAAGCGCCAGUGGUACGUUUCCAUUAACGGCAAAGGGCGACCACGGCGAGGCUUCAAGACCCGGAGCACGGACAAAGCGUCGCUGUUCCUGCCCCGGGUGCUGGCCAACAAGGACCAUGAGAUGGUGAGGCGGCUCAGAGAGAGCCAGAGCACGCACCAUCACACGCACCAGCACGGCAGCCGCGCGGAUCGCCGCAGGCGUCAGCACCGCGCCAGGAAAGGCCGGGGCCGCCGGACACGUGACCGAGCAGACUGA